AUGCAUCUUUUGACAUUGCUGUUUGGAUCGAUCCUUGUCUUCAUGGUUGGUCACUCACAAGUCUGUGGCCAUGUUAAUUCAGCGACAUGCAACAGUAAUGAACAGAUGAAGUGUACGAUGUCAUGUGAUUGUGAAGCUAAGUAUUUGACCGAUUGUUGCGCCGAUCCCUCAUUCACUGGUGUAAUAAACAUCAAAACAGGAGAAGGCAAAAUAUUUAAUGCGUACUGUGACCAGGGUUGGACUUACGCUUUUAAACGAUUUGACGGCUCUGAGGAUUUCUAUCGCACUUGGGUUGAGUAUCAACAUGGCUUUGGUAAAACAGAAGGUGAACAUUUCAUUGGAUUGGAUAACCUUGCCAGUUUUGUAAAGGGCCGUAAGUGCAAAGUGCGAAUUGAUUUGGAAGCAUGGCCCCCUGUUUCACCGGCUAAACGAUUUGCUGAAUAUUCAGAUUUCUCCAUCACUGACAAGACCGACAAGUACCGUCUCACCAUUGGUGGAUACAGUGGGACAGCUGGUGAUUCAAUGGCGUACCAUAAUGGGCAACAGUUUACAACAUACGAUCAGGAUAAUGAUAUUUCCAGUGGGAAUUGUGCAAGCCUUUAUAAAGGAGCGUGGUGGUACAUGGGUUGCCACAAUUCUAAUCUAUUUGGUUUGUACGUGAAAGGACCGGUUUGCCCAAAGUAUGCCCAAUGUGUCGCAUGGAAUAAAUGGCCAACAAAAAUUGCAUCCCCUAAUAAUCAGCACUACUCAUUUAAGAAGGCGUCAUUGAAGAUACAUUGCUGUUAAAUUCUACUCAAAUAUUCUGUUCGUUAUUUAGUGAAAUAAAUUACUGAAUAAUAAUUGUUAGCAAUUACUUCUUAGACAUAUUUCAAAAACGGCUAUAGGUCUAUUUGAUAAAUGUACUGACAUGCAUCAAAUUAAUUUGCAGGAAUUUGACUUUUGGGUCACAAACGAUUGGACUAUUCUAGUAUCUAAGUUUCUCAAAGUUCGAAACUACGAAUCAAUACUUGUUAUCAAAAUCCCAGGAAAACCUUUAACCUGUUCAACUUGAAAUUUGUACAGAUGCAAGAGCAGACUAGUGCCAAGAUCUGACUAGGUUUUUGGGCAUGUUGGGUAAAGUACAUAGUUACCAUAUUGCUCUUGCAUUUUCACUGUG